AUGCUAACAUCAUGGAAGUGGAUGGAUAAAUAUGAACACCAUGCCAAGUACAACAUAGCAGAGACAUGUUGUGCCUCUAUUUCAGUGAAGGAUCUACAAGAUCUGUCCGAGGACAAAUCUCUGAGUCCAUUGGAUCUCUCUACAAAACUCACAUAUGGUGCUAUUCGAGGUUCUGAACGGCUUCGAGAGACCUUGGCCAAUCUCUACUCGGUCAAAACGCCAACCCCAUUACCUUCCGAUAACGUCUUAAUUACGCCGGGCGCUAUUCAGGCCAACUUCCUUUUGCUUUAUUCAUUGGUUGGGCCGGGAGACCAUGUCAUCUGUCAUUACCCCACAUAUCAGCAGCUUUACUCGGUCCCAGCAUCGCUUGGAGCCGAGGUGAGCCUGUGGAAAUCGAAGGAGAACGAUGGGUGGAAAUUGGAUCUUAACGAAUUAAAAGAGAUGAUUCGUCCCAACACUAAGCUGAUUAUCCUUAAUAAUCCGCAGAACCCUACUGGGGCUGUCAUUCCUCAGGCUACGCUGGAAGAGAUCGUAGAAAUUGCGCGCAGCUCGUCAAUCUUUGUUCAUGCUGAUGAAGUCUAUCGGCCUAUCUUCCAUUCUAUUACUCCUAUGGAACCUGACUUUCCAUCAUCGCUCCUUUCUCUAGGAUACGAACGCACAAUUGUGACUGGUUCAAUGUCCAAAGCGUAUAGCUUAGCAGGCAUUCGUGUGGGGUGGAUUGCCUCUCGUGAUCGGUCUGUUAUUGAGACAUGCGCUUCUGCGCGGCACUAUACUACCAUCUCGGUGGGCCAAUUGGACGAUGCCAUUGCGAGCUAUGCCCUGGAUGCAAGCUGCAUCCACAAUCUCUUGAAGCGGAAUAUCCAAUUGGCGAAAACGAAUCUGGCGAUCCUUGAAAAUUUCAUUGAAUCUCAUCGGUGGGCCUGUGAGUGGGUCAAACCACGCGCAGGCACGACAGCAUUCGUGCGAUUCAGUAAAAUGGGGAAACCCAUUGAUGAUGUCGCCUUUUGUGAAAUGCUUCUGGAGCGGACUGGCAUCAUGUUUGUCCCAGGAAGUCAGUGUUUCGGGGAGGGAGAAGACUUCAAGGGCUACGUCCGGAUCGGAGUGGUCCAAGAAACCCACGUGUUGGAGGAGGGGUUAGAAGUGUUAAGCUCUUUUAUGGAGGACGGGUAUGAAGAAGUCCCCGUAAUCCGGAAGAAAUAA